AUGCUCCCCGACAUUCACUCAAUCGGGCUGCCGGAUUACCGUAACGAGGUGCAGAAGAAUUGCGGGCUGGUCAUCCGCGAUGUUGUUAUCCACAAGACUUGGGCUACUCCUUCCGUUGUCAAUGAGCGAUCGUGGGCCCAGACUUACAGCGGCCCAGCCUACUUCACGAACAACGCUUUAAAGCGUUACCUUGCAGAUGGAGGGCCGCAGCUUUGGUCUGCUCCAAGGACGACUGUUCGCGCGCCAUGGCGCGAUGCUGUCAGGUCUACGUACAACACCAUCACAGGCCAGUUACGAACGCCUCCCACCACACCUACACCCAAUCGAGUCCACGAGCAAAGACUGAAGCAGGAGUCCUCACAACUGGAGCAGCCGCUGUCACCCGAAGUGCCAGAAAAGACUGUCGUGGAGUUCUCCAAGCAACUCGUGAUCCAAUUCAGGAUCGCGCAAGAGAAGGGUUUCAUAACCCCAAAUGUGCGUCUCGAAGACAUUGGAUUGGUCUGGGAGGGCAUUGAAAACGAAAUUGAGUCAACCAAGACUUUACAUCCAGCAAUCAGCAUCAGCCAAUUAGUCGCGGCCGACGCUGCGGCUCAGGCAGAUCUCCUCACCCAGCGAGACAGAGUCGUUCUGCAACGGCUCAUGGAAGACCCAGCGAAUCCGAGCGAUGUUCCUCGAUGCAUGAUGUCUUUCAAGCUCGCCAUCGAUCCACUUCACGAGCACAGCAGCAUGUCAAAAAUUGCCGACCUCAUCCACGAUAUCGGUCAACCAUUGGAGACGGCUAUGAACAGGUUAGCUCAAUACAGCCGAGAAGAUGAGCAAGGCGAAGCCGCGUUCAUAAGACACAUCAUCAAGCCAUGCUGUGUGCUGCUAGAUAUCGACUAUCCCGGCACUCUUGGUGAGGGACACCGCGCUAUCACACAGAGCGAUUUGGACGUUGGAAUGGCGAUCAGCAACAUCACAUACCUCGGUAUGCUUCCGAACUUGGGCAGUCUCCAUGACGCCGUCCGAAAGUUGGAGCACUCUAACAAGUUUGCCUCCAUUUGGCGGUUUCUCUUGUUCAGAGAUCGACUGAUGGGAAUCGAUUUUGACGACGGACGAAAGGCAUUGUGGGCAAAAGCCUUCGGAGAGCCGUAUGAUAGCGGCGAAGACAGAGCCCGUGGUUGA